AUGAAGACAGUAUCCGCUAGCGUUCUCGCACUCGCGUCCAUCGUCAGCCCUGUGCUGGCCGGACCGUACUCUCGCAGCCAGAACAUCGUUGGCAGCGGUUUCUACAAUGCCUUCAACUUCGAGGCGAUCUCUGAUCCAACCCAUGGGAGAGUGAAAUAUGUCAACAUGGCCACAGCUCAAGCCCAGAAUCUUACUUUUGCGUCUGCAAAUAAGUUUGUUCUGCGCGCUGAUGCGAAGACCACUCUGAGUGAUUCGGGUUCUGUCGGAAGAAGCUCCGUUCGCAUCCGAACCAAUGCUGCAUAUACGACCCACGCCGCUGUCUUCGACAUCCAGCAUAUGCCUCAAGGAUGCGGAACUUGGCCAGCAAUUUGGGAAACAGACGAGGCGCGCUGGCCCGCAGGAGGAGAAGUUGAUAUUUUGGAGGGCGUGAAUGACCAAGGCCCGAAUCAGAUUACCUUGCACACGUCUCCAGGAUGCACGAUGCCUGCCACGCGAACGCAGACCGGCACUUCCCUCCAACUUGAUUGCAACACCGCGAUCAACGGCAACACUGGCUGCGGCGUCAGGGCACCCACGGCUAACAGCUAUGGCCCAAGUUUCAAUGCUGGUGGAGGCGGCUGGUAUGCUAUUGAGAGGACUACGACCUUCAUCAAUGUGUGGUUCUGGCCUAGAGGUGCGACCAACGUCCCCGCAGAUGUGCGGUCCGGGGGAACAAGCGUCAACACUGCUGGCUGGGGAACCCCAACCGCCAACUUCCCCAACACUAGCUGCAACUUCCCACAAUUCUUCAGUGCGAACAACAUCAUCAUCAACUUGACUUUUUGUGGUGAUUGGGCAGGCCAGGCAGGCAUCUACAAUGGGGCAGGCUGCCCUUCGACCUGUAUCAAUUAUGUCGACCAAAACCCUACCGCCUUCACCAACGCUUACUUCGAGUUGAACUCGAUCAACAUUUACACCUGA